AUGAGUGGUGAGAUGAUUGAAAGUGCUAUAAGGAGCAGGAGGAUUGAUGUUAGAGAGAACAACAGAAGGUUCAUUAAGAUGGGUGUUGUCAAGAUAGAUGAUUCAUCAGGCACGAAAAAUCCAUUACCCAAUCAUACUGAUGCUGGGGUAAACAUGAUGGGUGAAAGUAUGGGGAGAAAAGUCAAAAAAGUAUUGCUGAGAUGUGAGGAAUUUAGAGCUCUGGUUCAGAGCUUGAUGGAUAAUAGAGAAGUAGAGUUUUUUGAAGAGGUGGAAGGAAAAGGAAGUGUAUGUGCGUCAGAGUUAGCGACGAGGAUUCCGAUGGUUAAUCAUCCUGUGAUCAUCAUAUCAAACUCUAGGGUUAAUGAGGUUAGGGCACAGGUGAUGCCGAAGAUUGUAAUUCAGAAGUCGACAAAGUUUUCAUACAAGGAUAGUAAGAAGGUCCCCUGGAAUUAUGAGUGCGAUGUAACAGUCUCAGGAAAGGAAGCUUUAGUCAGUGUUCCAAAAGAAAACCAAAAGACAGGUUCUUAUGCAAAUGAUGAGAUGUACCGCAGUCGGAUAAAUGCCCAAGCAGAGUCAGCGGAGGGAGAAGUUCUUACGGCGGAGCAAAAGGAACAGAGGCCAUUUAUUAAUGAGCUAAUAAAUGAGGAAGAAGCUAUUGAAUUCUUAAGAUUUUUGAAGCACAGUGAGUAUAGCAUGAUAGAGCAGCUGCAUAAACAGCCAACUCGUAUAUCUGUGUUGGCCUUGCUCAUGAGUUCAGAGGUGCAUCGACAUGCGCUGAUGAAGGCCUUAAAUGAAGCAUACGUGGCAAGUGAUAUUUCUGUCAACCAAUUGGAUCGGUUGGUCAACAAUAUAAGCGCUGAUAAUUUUAUCUUCUUCAACGAUGACGAAAUACCAUCUAGAGGUAUAGGGUCCACUAAAGCUCUGCACAUUACUGGUCGGUGUAAAGGAAGUAUAGUGUCAGGAGUUUUAAUUGAUAAUGGAUCUGCAUUGAAUGUACUGCCCUUAUCUACUCUCAAUAGACUACCUGUGGAUAGCUCACAUAUGAAAACGUGUCAAAAUGUGGUGAGGGCAUUCGAUAGAACGGAAAGGAAGGUUUUGGGGAGGAUUGAGAUACCGUUGCAGACUGGCCCAAAUACUUAUGAAGUGGAUUUCAUUAAGUUGAAGUUAGUGACAAAGGGACGAUUAGUGACCAUAAAUGCUGAGGAGGGUAUUAUUGCGUCAAUAACCAGUAAUGCACCGUACAUGGAAACAGAUGAGGAGGUAGUGGAAUGCCCUUUCCGAACCUUAGAGUUUGUGAAUGCAACAUUUAAUGCCGAGGAGAGUAGAAUUCCAGAGCCGAAUAUAUUCUAG